AUGACAGCAAGGAUUUCCCGGAAGUUUAAGUUACCCACGAUCAAGGCGUAUGAUGGAACGGGUGAUCCCGCUAAUCAUGUACGGACCUUCAUGAAUGCAUUGCUAUUGCAACCAGUCACGGAGGCCAUCAAGUGUCGAGCUUUUCCCCAAACCUUGAGCGGGAUGGCACAACACUGGUAUAGUCGUCUACCCCCUAACUCGAUAUCUUCAUUUGCUGAUUUGAGUCGAGCUUUCAUAGGUCAGUUCAUUGGAAGUAAGACCCACGCCAAGAGUUCAGCCUCUUUGAUGAACCUUCACCAGGGCAGGAAUGAGUCCCUUCGAGAUUACAUGAACCGCUUCACCAAGGAGGCGCUCAAGGUCCCGAACUUGGACCAGAAUGUAGCAAUGAUUGCCCUGCAGCAAGAGACCACGGAUGACAAUUUCCGCAGAUCGCUAGCCAAGAGGGCCCCUGACAAUAUGAAUGAGCUCCAGGAAAGGGCUGGGAAGUAUAUCAAAGCUGAGGAGAGUUUGAAGAAGUCUCAGGUUGCCCAAGGGCAGACCUCGAACCCUAAAAAACGUGGCUACGACACCGAGUACAAUGCAAAUAGCAAGUAUUCAAAGACCGGAGAUGAUGACAAGUCAUCCACGAAGAAGAAAUCAGGACCGAGGUUCACCGAAUAUGCAAGGCUGAAUGCCCCUAGGAGUCAAAUCCCGAUGGAAAUUGAGAAGGAAGGAGGAGUUCGAUGGCCGAAGCCUAUCAGAACUGAUCCUGAGAAGAGAAACAAGGAUCUAUACUGCAGGUUCCACAAAGACACGGGACACAAGACUGAUGAUUGUCGGCAGUUGAAGGACGAGAUUGAGUUCCUGAUCCGAAAAGGCAAGUUGUCCAGAUACACCAAGGAGGGGGAUAAGAAUACCCGAGGCAAUGAUGAUCGAGGGAGAGACAAUGACGACCGGAGGAAUCAGCCUCGAGGACCUGUGGUUAAUGUAAUAUCUGGAGGACCAACCGUGGGACAUCUAGUAACUCGAGGAAGGCAUAUGCCCGAGAAGUGA